UCGAGCUUCAGGUUGCCGGGCGAGGCCCUCAAGCUAAGCCCCUUGCUGGGCUCCCUAGUCUCUCGGAUCAAGAGUCGCGGACAGAGAACCGCACAGCGACCCCGCGCCGGGCAGCCCCGCGCCCCCGGAAGCUCGGGCUCUCCGGCGCCGGGCUGCGGCGGCCUGGGCGGGCGCGCUGUGCGCUCCACGGCCCGGGUCACCGCGUCACUCACGACCGGUCCCCACAAGGGCCGUCCCGGUCUCAGGAGACUCGAGCGACACCGGCCACCGAGGGACCAUUGAAGCAUUAAUUUGUGUGACCCAUCAUCUUUUUGCACAACCUUAUGAGGGAAGAAUUAUUUUUAUUUCCAGUUUACAGAUGUGGCAAUUGAGGCCAAGUUCUGUGCAAGUCAGCAGCCCCACUAUGACCUCUUGGGUUUCGAGGCUGCUUCCUAGGAAUGGCCGUUCCUUGGCUACAGCAUCAGAGAACCAGCGAGCUGAGGAUCGCCAUCGGCACCAGGAGGCCUACGGGUACUUCUUGCCCAUCCAGACGAGGUGGCAGGACAAUGACCAGUACGGCCACGUGAACAAUGUUGUGUACUACAGCUACUUCGACACGAUUAUCAACCAGUAUUUGAUCAGGUACUGUGGCCUGAAAACCGGCUUGCUGAUGUCCCCCAUGGUGGGCUUCAUGGUGGCCAAUCAGUGCACCUUCCACACACCGGUCAGCUUUCCUCAGAUCCCAGUGGCCGCGCUGGCCGUGGAGAAAGUGGGUCGCUCCAGCGUGCACUACCGCCUUGCCCUGUUCCCCCCUAAGCCCACCAAGGAGACACCUUCCGUCAGCCACUGGGACCUCAGCGAUGGCUUCUUCUUCGGCCACCCCAAGCUGGCUCACUUUGCCUCUUUGGCCUGCACCACAGGGUCUUCAGUCCAUGUCUUUGUCAAUCCAGCCACCAGCAAGCCGGUGGGCCUUCCCGAAGACUUCCGGAGGGGCCUCCUGCGGCUGAUGAGCCCGGCUCCAGGGUGAACGUCUGUAUGGGAGUCACGCCUGCCAGAAAAUAAAGUGUAGACGA